CCUAAUCUCUAUUCAUAUUUUUCAUUUCUAUUUAUAUUUAUUUUACAAAUACCUACUUGAAGGAUAAAAUAAUUUCGGAAGGAUGCAGGAUGAAUCUAGUAAAGAAGAUUUCUAUAGAGAUGUUUUGGGAUCACCAAAAUUUAUUGUUGCUCCGAUGGUGGACCAAAGUGAGUUAGCCUGGAGAAUAUUGAGUCGAAGACAUGGAGCACAACUAUGUUACACACCCAUGCUCCACAGUUGCCUCUUUGUGAAUGAUCCCAAAUACCGCAAGGAAUCCCUACAAACAUGCCCUGAGGACAAACCAUUGAUUGUUCAAUUCUGCGGAAAUGACCCUCAAAUUCUCCUUCAGGCAGGAUUAUUGAUACAAGAAAUGUGCACCGAUUGUCUAGCAAUUGAUAUUAAUCUUGGUUGUCCACAGGCAAUAGCACGAAAGGGCCAUUAUGGUGCAUUUUUGCAAGAUGAAUGGGACCUUAUAUCUAACAUUGUUAGCACACUUAGCGGAAAUUUACGUCUACCCGUAACGUGUAAAGUGAGGAUUUUUGAGGAUAUAUCAAAGACAAUUCGUUAUGCGGAAAUGUUAGAACGAGCUGGGUGCAAAUUGCUCACAGUUCAUGGGAGGACAAGAGAGCAAAAGGGACCACUCACAGGAUUAGCUGAUUGGAAAUACGUUAAGACAAUCAGGGAAAAAUUAAGCAUUCCCAUUUUUUCAAAUGGAAACAUUCAAUGCCUAGAAGAUGUUAAUCGUUGCUUAGAUGAAACUGGUGUACAGGGUGUAAUGACAGCAGAAGGGAAUUUAUACAAUCCUGCUUUAUUUGAGGGAAGAAUUCCAGUUACAUGGGAUAUUUGUAAAGAAUAUUUGGACCUAGUUGAAUUAUACCCCUGUCCGCCUUCCUUUGUUAGGGGUCACCUUUUUAAAAUUCUUCAUCAUUUAUUGGCUCUCCCAUCGAACAGCAACUUCCGCGACAGAAUUGCCACAGGACAAAAUAUUGAAGAUUUUAGAAAUGUUGUGCUUGAAUUGGAAUCUAAAUACCGUCCUAUUCACGAAGGUUCGGUUGAAUAUAUUGAUGAAGUUCCAUUAACAGAAAAUACAAAGGAUUCUUUAGAGGAUAAAAGGUCAUUCAAUCUCAAUAUUCCACCAUGGCUUUGUCAUUCGUACAUUCGUCUUCCACCCGAAGAGCACAAACUGAAACUUGAAGAGGCACAAAGAAGGGCAGAAGAUCCUAAUCGUGCUAAAAGACUCUUCUACGAUGAGGAUGGCAAUGAAAUUUCGCGGAAGAGAAUGAAGAAAUUAAGGAGAAAAAAUCGACGACCAACGAAGUUAGAUAAUAUCACGAGGUCAUUCAAUCUCUGUAUAAUCUGCAAAAAUCCAGUGGGGUUGAGGUGCACGUUUUCAAUGUGCAAACCAUGCUGCAGAAAUGAUUUCGUCACAAGACAGGAAGAAUGUGAAGGACAUAAAAUUUUCAAAAAGAGAUUUAAAAUGUUCGAGAAAAGGGAAACCGCGAGUGGCUAUAUUAUUUAUGUGAAUACGAGGAAUAAUCAACAAGUGUUACAGGUUGAUCCAAAAUUGCAGGAUGUGUUGAACUUCCUCAAUGGAUCCUACACAACGAGGCAUUACAAAUAUCGCUGUGCUGCGAGGCUGAGUGCUAUCCGCAAGAGGCUCUUCACACAUAGUAUUCCUUAUCAUGUUGUGCUAUCAAUUUUGGAACGACAUCAUUUGGGUCCAUCAGUAGAUGAUGCACCUGUUAUUAAGCCUGCCCAGUUAACAAGUCUCCUUCACGAUAUCUUCUAUGCAAAUGAUAAGCUAAAGUGUUUCACUAAUGAGCAGAAUUUUGAUGUAGAAGAAGCCACGGGAUUGCUUGCAAACUUCCUGUGGAACGUCUUUGAUCCUAAUCGAUGUCGUUCUCUGUCAGGGUUGGAGCUACGGGAAGCUCUGUUGCUUCUGUGUGAAACAAACUCAUUUGAGGAUUUUAUAAAGCAACAUUUUAUCCUGUCGUCCGAUCACAAUCGUUGUGUACCUCAUCACAAAUUCAAAUCUUUGCUGAUAGUCCUCACGAAGAUACUUAACUAUAUUGAUCGGGAGAUUUGUUGCGAUGAUAAAACAAUCUCAGCGAUAAUUCAAGAAUCAUUUACAUCAGCCGAGUGCCCGGGUAUUGCUGGUCUCAAUGAGUACCAAUUCUACAAGAUUUGGGCUACUGAAGAUAUUCAAUUUUAUCACUAUGUGGAACUUUUAGCAAUAAUGCGUCGCAUUGAGUCUUAUAAGAAUUUCCAGCAUCUCUACAAGUGUUCAAGUUGCCUCAUGCAGGAGAUUGUAGGCCUUCGUUUCAAGUGUCAUCAGUGCGUAAGGUUCCAUUUGUGUCUAGAGUGCUUUGCAAAAGACUUCCAGAACAAAAAGCACAUAUCAACGCACAGAAUGUCUGAAGUGGAAGCAGAUGAGAAAAUAUCAAGGCGUUUUGGUAUUUUCAUGCUCAAGAUGUGUCAUCUCUUCAGUGGAGGGCGUUCUCAAAUAGAACAUGAAACAACUGUUGCGGAGAUCCCACACAAAAAUUUAGAACAACCAACUCGUCACACAUCUCAGCAUUUUAGCCAGAAUUUCACGAUUCGCUCAAAGAGUGGUACAUUUCGGCUACGAAAGCCACAAUUCACUUCAAAUGAUCAACUUUACGGAGUUAUUCAACUACUCACGAGUGAAAAUUCCCUGUUUCAAGCUAAACUCUCAGAUAUUCAGACAACAUGUGAUCCCAAAUCGGAUUUCUAUAGCUAUUUGGAGAGCCACAAGAAUAUCAUUACGGAACAAAUAGAACAACUCAGGGGGAUUUGGAAGCAAUCGCUUAUCAAUCAGAAGCCACACUACUCCAGUACGCCACAUCGACCAUCCCUCAUGGAUGUUAAUUGGCGAAAAACCGAUAUCACUGAGGAAAUUCCACUCACUGAGAAGACAAUACGAGGAAUUGAUAUCAAUAAAACAUACCUGGACGCCAAUCGCUCAGAUUACUCCAUUAAAGAUGUAAGUUCGUGGAUUCAAAAUAGGAAAUCAAUGCAACAGGAACGUUUGGAAGCCGUCGACAAGUCUCUGCUUGAGACGCAAAUGGUGAAUUUCCGUGAUCUACUGCUAAAAGUGAAGGAAAUCGUUGAGGAUUCCUACAGUGAUAACGUACAAUUAUCUAAAGCUACACACCAAUUGGAGUACGUUCUCGAUAGAAUUAUUGGGGAGGCAGAAGAGCAAAAGAAACUAAAGUGAAACGAAGAAAUGUAAAGCAGAGGAAAGAAAUAUUUAUUUACAAUAUUUCAAGGAAAAGAUCGUCAAAAUGAUGGCAAAAAAUAAUCUUACAUGUUCUUGAUAUUUUUAGCCUAUAUCAUGAUUUCACUACAAAGAUUGGAAAUUUCGUAGCGGCUAUAUUUAAUAAGUUUAUUGCUUUUAAUUGCAUUCAGUACCGUGAGACAUUCCAUUGACUACACUUAUAGGAUGGUCAAUUUACAGCAUUUAUUAAUGUUUUUAAUUGUGGUGAGUAAAAGUAGAAAAUGAGCAAGGUAAAAUGUUUCAUACAGAAAACUAUACACAAGACCCUGAACUUCGCAGUACGAGCUAACAAUCUGGGUGUCGACCCAUGCGACAAUCGCUGAAUUUUUAGUAUUUACUUAGUGAAUGUACCGCAUGUGUGAUUCCCCCAAUCAAAUUGCAGAUCAGCCACAAAAGCCCCCAAUGCCGCCUCGUAUAUAUGUAAUUCCGUAAACUUCACUAAUUUAAUAAACACCGCAGUGAGAUGUUCUCUGACAUGGUGCUUGUGCUCACUCUUUCUUAUCUAAUUGAGCAUUCCAAAAAUCUAUAAAUAAAAAUUAAUUUUGAAUUCAUAGUCACGGUUUCGGAUAUACGCGAGCGGAAAAAAAACUGCGACUAACUUCUAAAACUUAUGAGGCAUUUAUAUAUUUUGGAAAAGUGUCCCAUGUGUGAAAUAUUGGCAAUUCGUUGACUUCAAUGAGGAAGUCUCUAUUCCGGAAUAAUUUGUAGGCGUCUGUCGCUGCGUAUGCAACCUUGAAAAAAUGCUGUUUAAGCAAAUAUGUAUAUUCAUCUAAAGUUCUGUAAGUGAAAAUAAUAUUGCGAUAACGUCAUUAACUUAUUGCAGCAAGUUGAUUGCUAUUUCUCUCUUGAUAAUCCGCUACAAUUAAUUUGCAAUGCGACAUCAUGGAAAUCAUUCACACCAGUAUGUUUUGUAAGUUAAAGAAACCAGUAUAACUUUGUAAGUUUUAUCCGCAUUUAUAUUAAUGUUAAUAAUGGUAUAGAAAGACUAAAAUAUUUUUCUAAUGAGAAUUGUUUCGAAUUUUUUUCAGUGAGAAAUUGUUUUUUACAAUAAUUAACUAGUCAACCCGAUUCUCCAAUCACGUGUGAGGAGCAAAUUAUAAUUCAAUAAAACCAGAUAUCUGACCCUUAAGAAUGUAAAAAAAAUUGUAAAGAAAACAUUUCAGCUUUAUAUAUUAGGAAGAUUAAUAAAAUAAUUGAGAUUAUAAUUCAUUUAUAUAUAAACAAGUAUCUUUAUUUAAAGGGAAACAUUAAUGUAGAGAGAUGGAAAUGGAUUUUUUUUAUUUACAUUUUUUGCAGGACGAUUCAUUUAAUUUCACAAAAUAAAUAAAAAGAAAAUAAAUAGAAACAAUAAAAUAUAGAAUUUUGCAAAGGCAAGUUACAUUUUAUCUUAAAGGUUUUCUUUUAACAUUUAAUUAAAUGAGACCCUGUCUUUUUUUAGAAUAACAAGAACCAAGAUUGUAUUACUUAAAUAUUACAUUAUUAUGUAACUGUUACAACACUUUUAUGAAAAUGCGGGUCCUACUCUGCGACCAAGAAAUCUUUGAAAUUUCAAGGAUUUCUUCUGAAUUUCAACGAUAUAAAGAAUUUCUUCGUCGUAGAAUAUGGUGUCAAUGUAACGUAAUUACAGUAAUAUCAUUUCAAGAAAAAUAAUUCAGAUUAAUUAGUGGACAAAUUUUUAAAGUCUAAAAGCUUCGCUUGAAAAACUUUAGGAACCAAUCAAUGAAAUAAUAAUCUCCAAAUAUGUUCAAAGCUAUUAUUCCCAUAAUGUAGAAGGUCGUCGAAAAGAACUUUAUUUGAUAAAUAUUUUCUCAAGCUUUUAAAUUUUUAUCUUUUUAAUGGAAGUAUUAAUUUUACUUCCUUUAAAUAUCACGUAAUAUCUUAAGUAUAUUCACACAUAAUUUAGUAAAAUAUCAUUCGAAAUAAAAAUGAUUUCUAUAGGU